AAAGAGAGAGACAGACAAAAAAAAAACAUUAUUAAUUUGUGAAACACUGAAGCUGAGAAACCAACCAGAGCAGAACCAGAACAACAACAACAACAACUUGAAAUGAAGAAGCAAGAAGAACAAGAACAAGAAGGAUGCGAAAUAGAAGCCAUAGCAAUCUGCUACAAGAUCCAAACCCAUAACCCCAAAUCCCCAUUCCUCAACAUCUUCUCCACCGCCAAACCCACCAUCCGCCACCGCCACGUCCUUUCCGAUGUCAAUUGCCAAGCCAAAUCCGGCCAAAUCCUCGCCAUCGUCGGCCCUAGUGGCUCCGGAAAGUCCACCCUCCUCCAAAUCCUCGCCAGCAAAACCACCCCACACGGCGGUUCCCUCCUCCUAAACCACCACCCCAUCAACCCUUCCCAUUUCAACACAAUGUCCGGAUACGUCCCUCAAAACGACACCCUCUUCCCUCUCCUCACCGUCGAAGAAACCCUCUCUUUCACCGCCAAGCUCCGCCUCACCCUCCCUUCUUCUGAUCUCACCGCCAAGGUAACCUCUCUAAUCGACGAACUCGGACUAACCCACGUCGCCCAUUCCCGUGUUGGCGAUGACAGACUCCGGGGAAUCUCCGGCGGCGAAAGACGGCGAGUCUCCAUCGGCGUGGAAGUCAUCCACGACCCCAAAGUGCUAAUUCUCGACGAACCCACUUCUGGGCUCGACAGCACUUCCGCUUUUCAAAUCAUCGACAUGCUGAAAACCACCAUGGCUGAAGCUCGGCGAAGAACCAUUGUCCUCAGCAUCCACCAGCCUGGGUUCAGAAUCGUGAAGCUUUUCGAUUCCAUUCUCCUUCUCUCCAAUGGCUCUGUUUUGCACCAUGGCUCUGUUGAACAGCUCGCUCUGAACCUCACUCUAAUGGCUCUCCAUCCUCCACUCCAUGUCAACAUCGUUGAAUUCGCCAUUGAAGCCAUUGAAACCAUUAAAAAAACCCCAAAUCUUCAAACCCAAACAAUCCCCCCAUCCCAAUUCAAAUCCCCAAAAUUCACCCUCCAACAGCUCUUUCAACAAUCCAAAGUCAUCGACGAGGACACCAUCAAGAACAGAGUCGAAAUAACCCCACCCGAUUUCGCCAAUUCAAGAUUCAAAGAAACCGCCAUCCUAAUGCACAGAUUCUCCAAGAACAUCAUAAGAACAAAGGAGCUUUUCGCUUGCAGAACAAUUCAAAUGUUCAUAUCCGGCCUCGUUCUGGGUUCAAUUUUUUACAAUCUCAAAUUCGAUUUAGUGGGUGCAGAAGAACGCGUGGGUUUGUUCGCUUUCAUAUUAACCUUUCUAUUAACAACAUCAAUCGAAGCCCUCCCUAUUUUCUUACAAGAAAGGGAGAUUCUAAUGAAAGAAACCUCCUCCAGAAGCUACAGAGUAUCCUCAUACGCCAUAGCCAAUGGGUUGGUGUAUAUCCCAUUUCUACUAAUCCUAGCCAUUUUAUUCUCAAUACCAUUAUAUUGGCUGGUGGGGUUGAACAGAAAUGUAAUGGCGUUUAUCCAUUUCAUGGUGCUAAUAUGGCUGAUUCUGUAUACGGCGAAUUCAGUGGUGGUUUGUUUCAGUGCUUUGGUGCCGAAUUUCAUAGUGGGGAACUCGGUGAUAUCAGGGGUUAUGGGUUCGUUCUUCCUGUUUUCUGGGUAUUUCAUAUCGAACCAUGAGAUACCAAAGUAUUGGAUAUUUAUGCAUUAUAUAUCAGUGUUUAAGUACCCAUUUGAAGGGUUUUUGAUAAAUGAGUUUUCGAGGUCGGGGAAGUGUCUGGAAAUGAUGUUUGGGGAAUGUGUGAUGAGGGGAGAGGAUGUGCUGAAGGAAGAAGGGUAUGGGGAAGAAAGCAGGUGGAGGAAUGUUAUGGUAAUGAUGGGGUUUGUUUUGAUUUACAGAUUUGUUUCUUAUGUUGUUUUGAGAUUUCGAUGCUCUCAGAAGAAAUCUGGUUUUGUUUAGCAGAAACUAAGAACAUGAAGAACAGGAAGAACAGGAAGAACAGGAAGAACAAGAACAGGAAUCUCUCUCUCUCUCUCUCUUCACGAGCUGGGUUUGAAAGAUGUCGUGUUCACGUGGUGGUUUGAAGUGUACCUAAGGAUUAUACUGACAAGUGCUUGUGUUUGUGGGCUUUUGUUUUUGUUUUUUUUUUCACUUCUCUAACUACAUAUGUAAGAUUUCUCUUAAAUUUAACCAUUUGGUGUUGUGAAUUUAAAACUUUUUCUAAUUUGAUAUUGUUGCAUGUCUAUCCUCUCUA